AUGACCAUACUCAAUAUAAUACUUUCAUUGGAAGAUAUGGUUCAGCCCCAUUCAGUAUGCAGUGAACAUUGUCGUUCAGGUCAAAGAAAAACGAUGAAAGAAGGGAAACUAUUCUGUUGCUAUGAUUGUUUUCCAUGUGCAGGAGGAAAGAUUUCAGAACAAGAGGAUGCAGAUGACUGUGUUCCAUGUCCAGGAGAUCAAUAUGCAAAUUUCCAUCAAAAUGCAUGCAUUGUCAAAGAGAUCACUUUCUUGUCUUACCAAGAACCUUUGGGAAUUACGUCUUUGGUGUUUGCAUUCUCCUUUGCUUUAAUGACAGUAUAUCUGAUUGCUAUCUUCAUUAAGCACAAUGACACACCAAUUGUCAAAGCUAACAACCAGAGUCUCUCCUAUGUUCUUCUCACCUCUCUUCUUUUCUCCUUCCUUUCUACUUUCCUUUUCAUUGGUCAGCCUACAGUACUGACAUGUCUCCUUCGACAAGUUGCUUUUACUUUCAUUUUUUCUGUAGCAAUUUCUUGUGUGCUGGCCAAAACUGUCAUUGUAGUUCUUGCUUUCAUGGCCACCAAGCCAGGAUCUGGAAUAAGGAAAUGGGUAGGGAACAGAUUGGCUACUUCUAUUGUGUUUUCCUGCUCCUUUCUUCAAGCAUCUCUUUGUGCAAUUUGGCUGGCAACCUCUGCCCCAUUUCCACAUUUUGACAUGUAUUCCCUGCAUGAAGAAAUUAUACUGGAAUGUAAUGAAGGAUCUACCUAUAUGUUUUACUGUGUCCUGGGCUUCAUGAACAUUCUUGCCCUAGUCAGUUUCAUGGUCGCCUAUCUAGCUAGGAACUUGCCUGACACCUUUAAUGAAGCCAAGUUUAUCACCUUCAGCAUGCUGAUCUUCUGCAGUGUGUGGUUGUCUUUUUUCCCAGCCUAUCUGAGCACCAAGGGUAAAUACACGGUAGCUGUGGAAAUAUUCUCCAUCUUUGGCUCCAGUGCAGGGUUACUGGCAUGCAUUUUUUUACCCAAAGGGUACAUUCUUCUUUUACGGCCUGAACUAAAUAAAAGAGAACAGCUAGUGAGGAGGAAAUAA